CCUUCUUGAAAAGGAAUAAGUUGUGAAGGUGUUUGAGAACAAGAGCCCGGAGCUUUCGGAGUAUCAGCGCAUUGAUUGUAAUUGCCAAAAACGAAGAAUGCCGUUGUUAUCCUUUUCGCGUCAGACGAAAGGCCUUCCCAGAACGGGGAAGAGACGAAGUCUUGGACGAUUACACCAAGUUUGUUCGUUCCCUUUGGUUCUCCUGGGUUCGCUGUUGGCCUACACACUUUUCAGUAACUCUUCGUUCUUGGUUGGAUGGGUGCAGUACAUUGAUUCGCAAGUCCAGGAUCUUGAAAUCUCCCAGCUUGCCACAGUCAAUUCUGCCGCAGCGAAACAAUUACAAUCGGCUCAGAUACAUAACAUCACACGCAGUGGACUUCAGUAUGGCACAGCGACCGGACAAAAUCAUUCGAGACACAGCAAAACAGCAGAAUCGCCUUUUCAGUCUUUGCAAACGUCACUAGAAUCUCAGCGACUUACACCUAUCGCUACCAGCUCAACCGUUAGGGGCAAUCGCUCCGUCACUGAUCUUCCAUACGCAGAUGCUCGCGACGAAGAUGGUUCCUGGGGGUACAUCGCCGACGCAACCCAGGUGAGGAGUCGAGUCCUGGCGCUUCUACCCUUAAACCAUACACUGCACAACAAUGUCACCAGUUUCAUACCCAUGACGGAAUCGGAACAAGAAGAAAUAUGCCAAAAGCCACCCGGAAGCGGACCGGAGCAAGAAUUGGGCUGGAAACUGAUGCAGCGUGUUGUCGUCAAUGCGCCCGAGCCGAGGUACGCCAACGAGUCUGCAGUCAUUGUCGCCAACGAAUCUGCAGUCAUCGUCACCAACGAGUCUCCAGUCAUCGUCACCAACGAGUCUCCAGUCAUCGUCACCAACUCGUCCUCCAUCUCAGUAAGCCACCACACAGAAACAGCAGCACCCAAAAUUCUUUGUGUCGUCUACACGUAUGAUGCUCAUCACGAUCGAGUUGCGGCGAUUGGUGAUACCUGGGGUUGGCGCUGUGACGGCUUUUUGGCCGCCUCCAACCGAACUGUUCCGGAGCUUGGGGCUGUAGAUUUGCCCCACGUUGGACCCGAAGCUUACGGCAAUAUGUGGCAAAAGACGCGUUCUAUAUUGGCGUACGUGCACGAACACUACAUUGCGGAGUACGAUUAUGUGCAUGUGGCAGGAGACGACACGUACGUGAUUGUGGAAAAUUUGAGAAAUUACUUGGAGUUUACGGUAGAGGCAAAACAUGGUCGAGACAAAAUACCAUUAUACUUGGGUCAGAGAAUUGUUGCGGGGGCUGGUUUCGCAUUUGUUUGUGGAGGAGGGGGUCACAUUUUGAACCGACUGGCUUUGGACCGUUUCGUCAAAGAAGCACUGCCAACGUGUGAGGCCGACAGAGAAGACCCUGCCGAAGAUCGCUGGCUAGGAUAUUGCUUGAGAGAAUUGGGUAUUCAUCACACGGACACAGUUGAUGUUUUCAAUCGACAACGAUUCCAGAGUAUGGAUCCCUACUUUGUCGCCUCGAGGAAUCCGCAGAGAGGCUUCUGGAAACGACAGUACAAAUUGUGGGGGGAGCGCUACGGCUUCAAGUGGGGCAUUGACUUAGUUUCGACACAAACCAUAACGUUUCACAUCAUCAAGGGGGCAGGUUGGAUGAAGCGCAUGCACGUUCUGCUAUACCAUACGUGCCCCGAUGUUACAUCCGUGAGUGACGAUCGUGAUGAAACGAGAACCAUUUUACUCUCCUAG